AUGACUCACUUACCAAAGAUAAACCAAGAAAAUACUUUAUUUGAUUGUAAAGGUAAGUAGUAUUUAUAUAAUUAGAGCUUAAGUGUUAAUAAUCUGAAAAUGUUAUGUUUGAUAAAACCAUGAAAAGUAUAAAUUAAUUUUCAUAUAGAGGUUUUGUUCUAAAAGUUGGACCUUCUAAUUUAUUCACUUACCACAAUACAAAUGAUAUAUACAUUAAAGGCUCUAAAUUAUACAUUCAAUUGUAUUUGAUUGAAAAACUUAAAUUUAUACUUGAACUUUCUAAUAAAUAAGAAGUAAUUCUCUGAUGCUUAUAGAUUUUAAGUAUUUUAAAAUAGUAGUAAGUCCCAAUCUAUAGUAAGCGUAUAUUAAAAAGACAGAUGAAGUAAAAAUAUCAAGUGCUUUUAUUUUAACUAAUAAAUGGAUUAGUCUCUCUUUUGAUAUUGAAAGUUUCUUUAAAGAUACAGAACUUAAAUUCAAAAUGUUAAGUAUUCAUUCACUUUGUAGAUUAAAGAAAAUCUAUGAAGGUAAUCAACCUAAUAAUAUUAAGUAACCUAAUUAACUAAUCUAGUGAUGGAUUAUGCUUAGUUUAGAAAAUUUGUGAAAAGCGAAUAUUAGAACUAUUGCCUAACAGUAUCAGAGCAUAAUCUGAAAAAACAGAAAUAAGAAAAAAUUAAUUAGUUUCUUAAUAAUAGAGACGUUUAUCUACAAUUUCUAAUUCUUAAGAAAAAAUUAUUUAAACAGAAUCUGAUAAUAAAAAAAAUUCAAGCCAAUAAAAAAACUUAAACUUCUAAGAAUUAUCAAAAAAUGUUCAUUCAGGUUUGAAAACUAAAUCAUAAACUUUGCCUUUAAAUUAAAACAUAAAAAAAACACAGUCUUAAUAAUAAUAACAUUUAAAAUAGUCUAAAAAUUAAUUACAAACUAAAAAUUUAUAACAAUAAUAAUUAUCACCUCUAACUUAAUCAAUAUAAAAUUAGGGACUUAAUUCAAAAGGAUAAUUAUCUUAAAUCUCAUCAAAUAGAUCUAAAAAACUCACAUAAAUUGGUGGAAAUCUGAUAAAGUAGAUGUCUCAAGAAUGUUUACUCGAAAAAACUAUUAAAUUAGCAACUGGUUUAUAAGUUAUAGAAGAAGUUAAUAUAAAUAAUAAACCUCCAGUACAUACAAAAUCUAAUUCAACUAAAAUUACAGCUUAAACUUAAUUAUAAAGAAAAGCUGUAUAAAGUUUUCUUAGACAUACUCAAGAAUUUUAAAAUGGUAGCCAUUUUUCUCAUGAACCAUUUGAUGAAAGUAAGACUGAUAAUGAAGUUUGUUAUAAAUAUUCAUAAAUCAGCUAAGGAAUUAAAGAUAUUUAUUAUGAUGGCGAUAAUUCUGAAUAUUAAACAAAAUAUGGAAAGUUUUCAAGUACAUUUACUCGACCUUUAGGAUUAUCAUCCUAUAAUCGCAGAUUAUCUUCAUAAUAAUCUUAAAAUCAAUAAUAAGGAAGUACUAAUGAGUAAUUCUACUUAAGUAGCUAAUAAUUAGAAUAAAAUUUUAGCCCAAAUCAUACAGCAAAUGAAAUAGAAGAAUAAAUUGAUGUCCCAGAAAUAAAAAGUAAAAUAACAGAUGAUAGUUUUAAUUCUAUCAAUGGAUUACAAAUAAAAUAAGAAGAUAGUUCUGAAGAUCUGGCGGUUUCUAAAUUUGAAUGA